AUGGCACCAAAGCCCUCCAACAAGGUCCAGAAGGAUGUGCAGUUGACUUCGCGUGACAUGGAGAUACUUUCCUUUGCUUGGCAGUGUUUUGAGGGACAGCCGAAGAUCGACUUCGAGAAGCUUGCGAAGGUCGCUUCAUUCAAGAACUCAGCCACUGCUCGAGUAUGCUUCAGUUCCGUCAAGAAGAAGAUCUUAGGUGCUAGUGAGUCCGGCGAGACAAGCACUCCUGCCACACCUCGUGGAAAGCGUGCGGCAAGAGAUCAGAUGACUCCCAGCUCUAGCAAGAAAACCAAGCUGGCCUCUAAAUCACCCCGCAACCGCAAGGUCCUUCCUAAGGCCGAGGAAGAUGACGACGAGAAGAUCUCAAAGACGAAGCCCUGGUCGGAGACCGAAUCAGAGAAGGAUGCAGAGAUCAUGUCGGGAUUACUAGGGUUCGAUGUCAAGAAGGAGAUGGAGACUGAUAGAGAUAGUGACGAUGAUGAUGAGGAUGAGAGUGAGGCAUGAUAGGCACGAGGCCUAUUCAUUCUACACCCUCUCACAUACAACACACAUCUAUUCAGAUUUGCAUACAGGGAUAUCCGACAUCAUUACUCAAUAAUAUCUUUGUCCAUCCUCGAGCUGUAGCGGCUGACGUACAUCUUCAUCAAAUCUGCUUUGCUUUGCUUUUCCGGUUGACAGCACAUUACACGACAUGGCAAUUUGUACUACCAUUAGAUGCAUGGCGGAUGCGUCUAUAUUGGUCCCGAUGUUGUCAACCAUGCUUAUUAUUCGAUGGAGGGCUUAGUGCAAGGGAUUAAUCAGUGAUGGGGACGACGAAUACCUGGGUUCUCGGAAGUCAUCAAUUGGCCGUGGACUUAGAUAGCUAACCUAUUCGUAGAGAUAAUUUCGUAUGUUUUUUUUCUUCUUUUA